UUGCAAACUAUUCGGGAAUUGCUGCGUGUUCUAGAACCAGGCGGGGAAGGAUGUAUUUCUGUAUGGGCCUACGAGCAAAAACUGUCAGACGAGCCAUCGGAGUACCUGAAAAUGCGCCGCAAAAAACGCGAUGUACAGAUGAAUCGACGUGAGAGUAAUGGUAGAUUACGAGUGCAUGAGGGCAAAGAGUUCACACAACACGACAUGCUUGUACCUUUCCAGAACGCUGAUGGAGCUCGUUUUCUCAGAUACUAUCAUUUAUAUCACGAUGUCGAGCUUGAGAAUCUGAUCAAAGAAGCUGGUGGGUGCGUCAUCCAAAAAUACUUCUAUGAGCAGGGGAACUGGAUUGCAUAUGUGAAGAAAAUUUAAUU